CCCACUUCUUUUCUCUUCAGCUAUUCCGCUUGCUUGAUUGCUUGCUUGCCCUUCUCUGCUUUCAAUACCUACCUGUUCGAUGAAGGAAGCCUCAUCCGACCCCGAUAUAGCUACCAAAGGCUCUGAUGUACAGCCCGUAGCUUAUGGACUCUCCGAUCGGCCGGAUACUGAGCUUCGCGACCUGCCGCCUUUGAACGAGCACGUCGCCGCAACUGCUACAACUGCUACAACCGCACCAACCACCAAUCCAAAAAACCAGACCUCCAACAGCCGCAAUGGCGUCGCCGUGUCUCCCCUCAGCACUGAUGCUCCCAGCGUCUUCACCGAGAAGCCAGACUCCCGCUUCCUCAAGCCGGCAUCUGCCCAGAAGCUCUCGUCAGCGCCAUCCUCGCAGGAUGAGAGGCAGGGGUCUAUCUUAGGGACUAAGGAAGCAAAAGCCAACACCUCUACCCCCGAAACUACAAGUUCCGACAACGACAACGACAACGACAACGGUAGUGUCAAGAAGAAGCGUACCUUUGUCGAGGAAUUCCGUAGAACUUUCUGGCUGGUCCUUACUCACAGCUGGUUCAAUGUCUUGCUGGUCUUUGUGCCUCUUGGCAUCAUUCUCGCCAACAUCAAGGGCGUUAAUAGUGGCGUCAUCUUCGCCAUGAACUGUAUUGCCGUGAUUCCCCUCGCUGGCCUUCUCAGCUUUGCGACCGAGUCGGUGGCCCGUAAGAUGGGCGACGCCCUCGGCGCCUUGCUUAAUGUGACGUUUGGAAACGCCGUGGAAUUAAUCAUCUUCAUCAUUGCCCUGGUCAAGAAUGAAAUCCGUAUCGUCCAAGCUUCUCUACUAGGUUCCAUCCUAGCCAACCUGCUCCUCAUUUUGGGCAUGGGCUUCUUCCUCGGCGGACUUCGCUUCCGAGAGCAAACGGCUUUCCACGCCUCUUUUAACGAUCCAAGCCUGGCUGACCGCGAAUCGCUUAAAAUCAGCCGCGGCACUAGUGUUCUGAAAUCACACGCAUACCUCUAUGAGUCUACUCCGCAGAACAUCGUCGAUGCUGAGUCUGUUCCGGGUCCCGCCGCAGCUUGGUUAGACUCUUCAAGCUCGGAUUCUAGCUCGUCUGAUAGCUCGGAUUCGGAUGAUUCCAGCCACUCUCGGGAUACCGUUCGCCGUGCCAUGAGAAAGGUCCUUCGCCAUGGACGCAGAAGAAAGUCGUCCGUUGCCUCUGUGGAAACAAGCGACCUGCAUCCUACUAGGACCUCGUCUUUUGGCACCACAACCACCAAUCCUCAAGAAGAGUCUUCAGAAACUUCAUCUUCCCGUCCGCAAUUCCCCAGACUUGGGUCUACCGAGACCAACGAAGAGGCUGUUGAGGACGAAGAGAGAUCUCAUCACAAGCGUAGAAGGCCCAGUAUUCGACACAUGCGCAAGAAAUACAAAAAGAACCGUCGUCACCACCGCCAUCGUGAUGCAGACGGCGAUGCUCAGCAGGCAAUCACUGAACAACCUGAACAGAAUUCGCAGAAUCAUCACGGAGACGGAGAGCCUCGCCGUGUCGACUUUGCUAUCCCCAACGAUACAGUUGCAGAUAGCGGCAAUGAGACAUCCAAACGGCCAUUCCCUGCUCUACGCACCAUGUCUGUGAAGAACCUGGCGCCUACGGUCUUUGUCCAAAAGCCCGAGCUGGAUGUUCUGUCUGCCGCCCCCGCUGGUCCUGUUCCCCGUGUUCGUUACGGUAUUCGACGCACCAACUCCCUACCUGAUAGGCUCAACCAUCAGAUUCGACCUCCCGGCGCCAUGUUGCCAGCUCAAGUGCCCUUGACCGCCUUGACGGCCGGUGCUGAAGGGGAGGAAGAGGAAGAACACCUCACUCAGACAGCAGCCAUUAUUCUUCUACUUCUUACGACCGGUCUUGUCGCAGCAUGUGCUGAAUUUCUCAUUGGCUCUAUCGAGGACGUCGUCGCCACGUCGAGCGUCGGCGAAAUCUUUAUUGGUCUCAUUGUCCUGCCUAUUGUGGGUAAUGCGGCGGAGCACGUCACUGCCGUGACUGUGGCGAUGAAGAACAAGAUGGAUCUGGCCAUUGGUGUUGCUAUUGGCAGCUCCAUUCAGAUUGCCAUCUUUGUCACGCCCUUGGUCGUUAUUCUGGGCUGGAUCAUGGACAAGGAGAUGACACUGUACUUUACCCUCUUUGAGACUGUGUGUCUCUUUGUGUCGACCUUUAUGGUCAACUUCCUUGUUUUGGACGGCCGAAGCAACUAUCUCGAAGGAGCUCUGCUUUGCGCAGUCUACUGCAUUAUUGGCGUUGUCGCCUUCUUCUACCCGGCCGAGGCCGAUGCAAACUCGUGGGGCAGCUAGUCACUGCGCCGGCGAGAAUAGCUAUUGGCUAGUUCUCUUCAAUAAGGCUUCUUCUUUUUGCUCCGCCCUAUGAGGUGGAGUAGAGCCAUGGGUGAGAUGGCUUUGAGAGCAGGCUGGAGAGCGCUUGGCAGGAAGUAUAUUAGCAUAUCUUAGUACAAUCGUGUCAGCGUUGGCUUUGUACAUUGUACAUCCAUACGCACGCCUUGGUAAUAUACGGCGUAUUUGCGC